AUGACGUCCUACCUCUCCCUUCUCCUCUUCCUCCUCCCCCAGGUCUCAGCAGUAGCUGUCGCGGCUCCCUACCCCUACCCCAACCCCAAUCCAAACCCAUACCCCCAUCCUCGACCCAUACCGGAGGCGUUGGCGCAGAGCCUGCCUUAUAUCUCCCCCACGGACGAUUCAAGCCGCAUCAUCCCCGCUACGGUCGAGAAUCCUGAUACGGGCGAGGCGCAGAAUACCAGCGCGCAGCUUUGUGGUACUCCGCCGCCGCCGGGGGGUUUGAGGGAUAAAUUGAAUCAGUUGCAGAACGCACGGGCGCAUGAGAAGAGGGGGUUGAGUCAUGAGGAGAGUGGACUUAAGGGCAUGGGAUUGGAGAAGAGGGAUGUUGCUGCUAGUGAGUGA